AGGGAAAAAGUGCAGUUGUGAAACUCCACUAGCUUGGUAGUAUAUAAUGCAGAUCAUCAAAGAGAUUCCCAGUCGAAGGAGUUAAGAGUAACUUGACGCCUCUUGCUCCUUCUCGGCAGUUCAGAGCGAGUUGCUAGCAUAUUCUGUGAUAAGGAAUAUUGGAAUAGCAGUCGCAUUGUUAGGACUCGCCAGGUGCUGAGGGUGCCGGAGGACCUCGAAGCGGGCAAAAAUGAAGAUCCUGUUGGCUCUGGCCUUUGUGCAGCUGUUGCCUGCUCCAGCACUCUUUUUUCAGGACGGGAGGCAGCACGGCGGCGAUUACUGGGAGGAAUGGGGCCCCUGGGGUGACUGCAGCCGCAGCUGUGGCAGUGGGGUGACCGUCCGCAUGCGCAGGUGCAUCAGCCACAGGACGGAUGGAGGGAACAACUGCGUGGGACCCGCCAGGUCUUACCGCUCCUGCAACAUACAGGACUGUCCCGAGGGUUCCCGGGAUUUUCGGGAGGAACAGUGCUCCCAGUUUGACGGGGAGGACUUCCAAGGGAAGCAAUACAAGUGGCUGCCUUACUAUGGAGCGGAGAACCCCUGUGAGCUGAACUGCAUCCCCAAAGGAGAGAACUUCUUCUACCGCCACCGUGUGGCCGUGGUGGACGGCACCCCCUGCCACCCGGGACGUAGGGACAUCUGCGUGGAGGGAGUCUGCAAGCGUCUGGGCUGCGACAACAUGCUGGAAUCGCCCCAGCAGGAGGACCCCUGUUUGCAGUGCGGGGGGAACGGCCAGUCCUGCUACCUGGCCCGAAACACCUUCUCAGUGCCCAACCUGCCCAAAGGGUACAAUCAGAUGUUCAUCAUCCCCGUGGGAGCUACCAACAUCCGUAUCCGAGAAGCUGUUCCCAUGCGCAACUACCUGGCCAUUAAGAACCUGCGUGGGGAGUACUACCUGAACGGACACUGGGUGAUCGACUACUCUCGAGCGGCGCCCAUCGCAGGCACCGUGCUGUACUACCAGCGGGGCGCCGAGGGGGAGAUGGUCCCCGAAACCAUCACGGGCCGGGGGCCCACGACCGAACCCCUGAUCGUGGAGAUAAUCAGCCAGGAGCUGAACCAGGGCGUGGAGUAUGAGUACUACCUCCCGCACCACCGCGCCACGGAGAGUCACUACUGGAGCACUGGGUCCUGGACCCCCUGCAGCAGAGACUGCGGAACAGGGUACCAGUCCCGUCUCGUGUUCUGCACUGUGGACAAUGAGGCCUACCCGGAUUACAUGUGCCCAAACCAGCCUCGCCCUCUGAACAACCGUACCUGUAACAUCCAGACCUGUCCUCAAACUCACAGGAUGGCCUACCUGUACCAGCCGCUCUUGUGGAGGCCCUUGGAGAGGCCCAGAACGAUUGUGUACAGCUGGAAGACGGGGGAGUGGAGCGCCUGUUCGGCCUCGUGCGGGAGCGGCUCCCAGUCCCGCAGCGUGCAGUGCCUGUCCCACGAUGCCGCGGGGCCCCGCGUGGUGGAGGACGGCGUGUGUGCGGCCUACGCCCCCCGGCCCCUCAGUCAGCAGGCCUGCAGCCAGCAGCACUGUGCCGACUACAGCGCCUCCGCAUGGGGCCCGUGUUCUGUGACAUGCGGACCUGGCGAGCAGACGCGUGACGUGGUGUGCAUCGGGGCGGGCGGAGCCCGUCUCCAGGACUACGCCUGCGGCCUGAAGCCCCGCCCGCCGCACAAGCAGCCCUGCCAGAUGGCCCCCUGCUACCGACGAAUCGCCUGGCACAUCGGUGACUGGGGCCUGUGCUCAAAGAGCUGUGGUUCCGGGCUGCGUGAGCGACAGGUGAUCUGCUCCGACCGGGACCGGAUCCUGUAUGUGGCCGAGCGGUGUAGCCCCCACCCGAAGCCCCCCACGGUGGAGUCCUGCAACAAGCAGGCCUGCUACUUUCCCCAGCUUGUACCCAGUAUGCAGGACCCGAGUGGCCAUGACAACACCAUGCUCGGCUUCCGGCCCUUCGUCAACGACAGCUCCUCUACAGUCCACAGGCCGGAUCACGUGCACCCAACCCACCCCAACAUUGUGUACGACGGCCACCAGCGGAACUGCUCCCAGUCCUACUACGGCUGCUGUCCCGACGGGUUCACCCCCGCUGGCGGCCACCAGGGCCAGGGCUGCCCCCAGGGGUCCUGCAUCCGGAGCAGAUAUGGCUGCUGCCAGGAUGGGGUGACCGUUUCUCCAGGACCCAAUCGGGAAGGGUGUCCGGAAAACCCCGGGCGACCUCCCACGGACCCGUUCCCGGUGCGACCGGACAACAGCAGAGACUGCCGACUCAGCCUCUACGGUUGCUGUGACGACCAGGUGACUCCGGCAUCCGGACCCCGGGGAGAGGGGUGUCGUAACGCCCCUACAGGCGGCCACCGGGGGCCGUGCUCGGAGCCCCACACCCCCGGCCCGUGCAGCGACUGGACCGCGCGGUGGUACUACGACGCCUCGGCCGGCGCCUGCAACCACUUCUGGUACGGCGGCUGCCACGGCAACGGCAACAACUUCGCGUCGGCGGAGGCCUGCCAGCGGGAGUGCCAGGGCUGGCUGCGCGCGGUGCAGGUCUCGGAGGGCGUCCGGGGGGGGGGCGCAGACCCGGACCCCGCGCGGGACAUGAGGCGCGUGUUCACCGUGCCCCACGGCUCCGCCGCCUUCGCCGGGCGCCGGGGCGUCGGCGCGGCCACCCAAACCCGCGGGGUGCGCCUGCGACGCCCCGCCCCCGACCCCCUCCAGAACACUGAGAGCAGCGGAGUGAGCAUCGAGCAGUCGGACCCCUCCAAGGUGGAGGGCCGGGUGGGGCAGAAGGUGAUCCUCCCCUGCAGGGUGACCCCCCUGCCCUCCUCCACCGUGGUUGUGGAAUGGAGGAGGGAGGGGGUCCCGCUCUCGGCCGACAGGCAUGAGCAGCAGCCCAAUGGCUCCCUGCUGGUGGGGCCCCUGACCAUGCAGGACUCUGGCUGGCUCCUAUGUGUGGCCACCAGGGGGCAGGAGAGGGACCACCGCUACGUUUACCUGUCUGUCUCCGAGUCGCCCCAGACGGACCCCGGACCCCCCUUCCAGGGCGGUUCUGAUGGUCCAAAUACAGGAGGGGAUCAAUCAUCUGUCCCUGAGGUACCCCGAAAGAGCACCACCAGGUUCAGCAUUGACCAAUCGGGCUCCUCGCUGGUGCAGCGGAGGGCGGGGCAGACAGCCAGACUGCCUUGCAGAAUAAGCCCCGCCUCUGCCUCUUCUUCUGUCAGCAUCGAGUGGACCAAGAAUGGGCUCUCUAUCCACUCCCUCAGACACACCCAGCAAUCAGACGGCUCGUUGGUUAUUGGUCAACUGACUUCUGAGGACUCUGGCUUCUACACCUGCACUGCCUCCACCCACCACCAGAGGGAGCACAGGCAACUGCAGCUCAAAGUCGUUGGGGACCUGCGGAUUACUACGGCCCCCAAUAAUGUGAACGUGGUGCAGGGCAGCGCCGCCCACCUGCCCUGCGUGGUAUCCGGGGACAACGUCAAUGUCGGCUGGUCGAGAAACGGGGUGCCAGUGCGGCCGGACGGCAGGCGUGUUCAGGUGUCGCCGGACGGGAGUCUGAUCCUGAACAACGUGCAGCCGGGAGACGAAGGUGCGUACACCUGCAACGCUUACACCGGAACAUUCUCUGUGAGCGCCACGGCUGAGGUCCGCAUCAGCAAGGACGCACAGCCAGGACCAGGACAGGGUUUGCCUUCGGACUGCGUGGACCAGCCCGACCUGGCGAACUGCGAGCUGAUAGUGUACGCGCGGCUGUGCUCCAGCCAGUACUACUCCAGCUUCUGCUGUGCCAGCUGCACCCGGCACGCCCAGGGGGCUGAGAUCUCGCUCGGGUAGGCCUGCGGAGGAACCCGGCCGCAAGGUCGCAGGGGCGUGAGGGACGGUGAGGUCGUGAGAGGGGGCCAGAGGCUGGUGGCUGUUAGGCAGGCCGUAGGACCACCCACCCCCCCCCCCCAGAACUGAACUUCAUACAGCAGGACCAGCUUCAUUCACAAACCUGAAGUGCUUGAGAACCCCUUCCCGUGGUGGAGUAUAGUCCUGGCUUGUUUUGUUUUGUUUCGUUUUGUUUUGUUGCUGUAGAUGUGAUAAACAUUUCUGUUCAGGGAAUUCAGUGUGUGUGUGUGUGUGUGUGUGUGUGCGCGUGUGUGUGUGUACAUUUCGUAAAAGCUUAGUUUGAGUAAUGUCGUCAUGGGAAUGGGCUGUGGUUGUUUUUAAAAAGGUUCAGUACUGCCAGUGUUGGCUGAAUAAGACCCUGUGCAGGGAGCGGUGAUGAUAAGCAGAGGCAGCUCCUGUGCUGAAAAUCGAGGAGAUCCCCUUAGACUAAUUAUUCUUAAACUAAUAACUUCCCUUGAUUAACAAUGAGAUUGAGUCAGAAAGUCCCAAGUAUCGUCAGGUGUAGCCGGUUCUCAGUUUGGUUAAAUGCGAAAUAAAACUCUUAUUUCCACACGAAAUUGGGCACUUUUCUAUCUAAGCUCUUCAAAAUUGUGGAUAGUUCUGUGUUUUUCCCACUUACCCUCAGAGAACAUUCAUCGCAAAUAUUUCUCAUUUUUACAAUCUUGAAGCUCAGGUUAGAUAGCUUUUAUUGCAUUGUGGUAGUUAACAGAGUAGUCUAUCUUUUUCCGUGUAUGCUGUAAAAAUGUUGUCCUGAUGAAUUUACUUAAGUUUGCUUACUGGUUAGUGAAUAAAACAUAUUUUUCUAAACUGAAAUUGUUACUUAAACUUAAUAACAUGGUCUGAAGUUAGAAGCUGUGUGUUCACCUGCCAGUGGAUUAUUCAGAUCAAACUUGUUAAUCAGGAAAAAAACAGGUCAAGAUUAAUAUUUCAUUUAAGGGGAUGGUUUCAGCUCAGGAGUCGUCCCUAAGGCAGUUUAUUUGUUCAUAACUCUGUGUGAUAAACUGAUUGUAGUAUCUUGGCGUAAACUUUGCCUGUGUCAAAUACACACUGUGACCAAAGAUGUUUUUUGAGUGUCCAAAAGGGAGUGGUACUUGGUGACAGUUAAUUUGAUCUUGCACUUCUGAAAUGCACACCUUCAACCAAUGGGCCUUACGGGGUUUUAUGAACCACUGCAAGUGUGUAUCUCCUCUUCUUUGUGGCCAUUUUAAGAUGUAAGAUGGAUGCCAGCUAUGUCAUGUCCUCCGCAUGUCCUCCAGGGGUGGGUGGGUCUGGAUGUCAUAGGCCUGGACGCCCAAUAAGGAUGCUCGGAUAAUGAGCUUUAUUUUUCUAAUUGGUUGGAUUGCCCAGUGUGUCUAUGAUUGGCUGAUCACAUGAGGAGAAUCGGGCCAGUCCAAUGCAGGUUGUAUGUGGGGAACAAUGAAAGAUUUCUUAAGACUGGACUGAAGCCUAUUUCUUACCUUAAAGGUUGUGUGAUUUCGUUGGCAAUGAAACCACUGUUGGAUGGCAUCUAAAUUUAAAACUAUAAUUCUUGUUAAGACUGACUUU